AUGUGCGUUGAGCAAGAAGUUCGUUGCACAGGAUGCAAUGAAUCAAGUACCAGCGUUUACAUCUGUUCGAGGUUCAAGAGAUGGCAAAGAAACCACAAGAAGAUUGUCAGUCAUAGACGAUGUGGAGAAUUUAGUAUUUCUCGACCAAGAAAACAAACAAGUUUGGCUCACGUGGAUUGUCCUAUUCUGUCUGACGACAUGCGAUUGGGUGAUGGUAGCAAUACUGUUGCUUCCAAUCAUCAAAUUUGA